CGCUCCGCCCCGGCCCCGCGGGAAGGGAGGAACCGGGGCCGGGCCUCGCUCGGCUUCCACGGCAUGAAGCAGCCGCCUCAGCCCCGCGGCGGCCCUUUAAAUAGCCGCCGCCCGGCUCGCAGCGGAGCGUCGCUUUGAGCUCGCCGAGCAUCCAUCGCUUCAGCCCCGGUGCCCGCAGGCUAGCAAUCAUGUUCGAAAUCAAGAAGAUCUGCUGCAUCGGUGCUGGUUACGUCGGAGGGCCGACCUGCAGUGUGAUUGCCCAGAUGUGCCCCAAUAUCACCGUUACUGUCGUGGAUGUCAACGAGGCCAGAAUCAACGCCUGGAAUUCGGACACGCUUCCCAUUUACGAGCCAGGGUUAAAAGAAGUGGUAGAGUCCUGCCGAGGAAAAAACCUCUUCUUUUCCACCAGUAUUGAUGAUGCCAUUAGAGAAGCUGAUCUCGUAUUUAUUUCUGUUAACACUCCCACAAAGACCUAUGGGAUGGGAAAAGGCCGAGCCGCUGACCUGAAAUACAUUGAAGCUUGUGCUAGACGAAUUGUACAAAACUCCAAUGGCUACAAAAUUGUCACUGAGAAGAGCACAGUUCCAGUACGGGCUGCAGAGAGCAUUCGUAGAAUAUUUGAUGCCAAUACUAAGCCUAACUUGGAUUUGCAGGUGCUGUCUAACCCAGAGUUCCUCGCAGAAGGAACAGCCAUCAAGGACCUGAAGAACCCGGACAGGGUGCUUAUUGGUGGAGAUGACUCUCCAGAGGGACAGAAAGCUGUCCGUGCACUCUGUGCUGUUUAUGAGCACUGGGUGCCCAAAGAGAAAAUCCUCACAACCAACACCUGGUCAUCAGAACUUUCUAAACUGGCAGCUAAUGCUUUCCUUGCCCAAAGAAUCAGCAGCAUUAACUCCAUCAGUGCUCUGUGUGAAGCUACAGGGGCAGAUGUUGAAGAAGUAGCAAGAGCUAUUGGAACAGACCAAAGAAUUGGAAAUAAGUUUCUGAAAGCCAGUGUUGGGUUUGGAGGUAGCUGUUUUCAGAAGGAUGUCUUGAACUUAGUGUACCUUUGUGAGGCACUGAACUUACCUGAAGUAGCCAGAUACUGGCAACAGGUAAUAGACAUGAAUGAUUACCAGAGGCGAAGAUUUGCUUCCCGUAUUAUUGACAGUUUGUUCAAUACUGUCACUGAUAAGAAGAUUGCUAUUCUAGGGUUUGCAUUCAAAAAGGAUACUGGGGACACCAGAGAGUCAUCCAGUAUCUACAUUAGCAAGUAUUUAAUGGAUGAAGGAGCAAAGCUCCACAUCUAUGAUCCUAAAGUACCUAAGGAACAAAUCAUCUUGGAUCUCUCACACCCAGGUGUCUCAGAAGAUAACCAAGUGUCUCGGCUGGUGACUAUAAGUAAAGACCCAUAUGAAGCCUGUGAUGGUGCUCAUGCCCUUGUAAUUUGCACUGAAUGGGACAUGUUUAAGGAGCUGGAUUAUGAACGUAUUCACAAGAAGAUGUUGAAGCCUGCAUUUAUCUUUGAUGGUAGGAGAGUUCUUGAUGACCUUCAUAACGAGCUGCAAGUUAUUGGCUUCCAGAUUGAAACAAUUGGGAAGAAGGUGUCAGCCAAAAGAAUCCCUUUCGCUUCUUCUUGUGAAAUUCCUAAGUUCAGCCUGCAGGACCCACCGGUCAAAAAGCCUAGAGUAUAAUGUUUAGUAGGUACUAAAGGAGUCAUGUGGACCUUCUUAAGGAUAAUAACUGUAAGCCUACGCUUUUUUUUUAAGGAAAAAUAUUUUUCAUAAACUAAAAGCAAUUUUACACUAGAAAUGGUACCCGGUACAUGUGAAUUCAGUCUAUUUUCAAAUCUCUAUUUUUAUAGCAAUUUCUUGGUUACUGAAGAUGGUACUGACCUGUUUUUUAUAAUGAAACAACCUUUUAAGUGGAAAAAUUAUCAUAAAACUGCAAACUUUUGCUUCCAGAAAUGCUCCUAAAUUGCACUUUAAAUGUUUCAAGUGAUGUGAGGGGGGGGAAAGAAAUGGAACACCUUUUUACUUCAGUCCGGUUGCAGAUAGUGAUCAGGAACUUUGGCCUCACUUUUUAAAAUUUUCCUCUGGGUUUAAUUCUUUCCCCUGUUGAAUGCCUGCUUUAACUGGCAUUGGAGCCAAAUUCACUUAAAACUUAUCUCUUAAUAGGUUUGGGUUGAGCUGUAACCCAGAGCUGACUGCAGCCGUAAUGCCCUGAUCCUGACUGGGAUCAGUGGGCACGGGUGCAGUCUGAGCCGCAUCUGUUGGGAGGCCAGAUAGUUUUGCAGACACUUAUCAUGUCAUUGGCAGUGGAGUAGCAGCCAUAAACUGAUCCACUGGUAAACCUCGCUUUUGAUUCUUGGUUGUCUUGCCUACAUUCCAUGUGCAGCACAUAAAUUAUUGAGUUAAUCAGAUUCCUGGGGCAAGUUUUUCCUAAAUUACCACAAUACAACCCCUCUUCAGCAGAGGAGCAUUCUGCUUGCUGCUUGUCUGAACGUUGAAUUUAAGCAGAAUUACCUUAAUCCAAUGUCAGCCCAAGUACAAAACAAACGGUAGCUUUGAAGCUACAAUUUAUUUAUUUUUUCUGUCCUUUCUGCUUAUAUACUUCAACUGAAAGCAGCUUUCUUAAUGAAUCUGCGAAACUUAUCCUCUGCUGUUCAGAAAAUAAAAAUUCAGCCCCAUAAGUUAGUCAGCUUUCUACCUCAUUUAAUUAGCAGGACUUAAUAGUUCCUAUGUAUCCUGAUACUUUUGCCUUUACUUUAUUUUUACUUGUUUUUAUUCUCAAUUGGCCAGUGCUAUUAAAAUCCUUGAGAUUAUGAA